GCAACGCUCAAGGUCGGAUCCAGCAUCUCUCCGUCCCCUUGGGUCUCUUCGCACAAGGCUCUGGAAGAUGCUCGGGCGCCAUUCCGUCCCCAGGAUACAGCAUCCGACCACAGAAAAAGGAGGCGAAGACGAGGAGGAGGGGGGAAGCAGUGGCUGCUUGUAAGCCCUGGUUUCCCUUACCGAGGAACCGAAACCUCUAUUUCCGCCUCCCCCCUCCCCCACCAGCCACUUUCCACCCGCUCGCCGUGGGCUGAUGUCGCUGUUGCUGGAGGGAAGUGAAAAUGAAAUCGACUUUUCUGAGAACUGAUGAAAGCAGCGGAGCCUGCCAAUGAACGGCUGCGGCAAACUUCCGCACCCCUUUCUCUCCUUCCAGCCCCCACCUCCCCUUCUCUCGCUCUCUGCACAAACAGGCCUGGAAGAGGAGCAGGAGGAGGAGGAGGAAGGGAGGGGGGAUUUCCAAGACUCAGCUCCUCGCGGCUUCCUCCCCUUGUUUUGCUUUCGAUCUGGACUGAUCUCCGCCAAAAGCAGAGGAGGAGGGAAUAACUUUUAGUUUUGCUCCCGCGAUUUAUGCAGCCGCCUGUUUUCCUUUCCAUUUUGCGUCUCUUGGCAACCGCGAUAACCUUGAAGGGAACUGCCAUAAAUAACGCGAAACAAACUUAUUGAUGCUUCUUUCUCCAUCUCUCCCUUCUAGCCUUAAAUGGCCCGUGAGGCGUAUCACGUAGAUAGGACAAAAGCAGGAGACAGUCAGGUAACAAUGCCAGUGGAAAGAAUGCGAAUGCGGCCAUGGCUGGAGGAACAAAUAAAUUCAAACAUAAUACCGGGUUUGAAGUGGCUAAACGAGGAAAAAAUGAUUUUUCAGAUUCCUUGGAUGCACGCAGCACGCCAUGGGUGGGAUGUUGAAAAAGAUGCUCCUUUAUUUAGGAACUGGGCUAUUCACACAGGGAAGUUCCAGCCAGGAGUUGAUAAACCAGACCCAAAGACAUGGAAGGCAAACUUUCGAUGUGCUAUGAACUCCUUACCCGAUAUUGAAGAAGUCAAGGACAAAAGCAUAAAGAAAGGAAAUAAUGCCUUCCGGGUAUACCGGAUGCUGCCGUUAUCUGAGAGGCCUUCAAAGAAAGGAAAGAAACCCAAGGAAGACAAAAUUAAACAAAUUAAGCAAGAACCAGAGGAUUCGUCUUAUGAACUGAGUAUUGGAACAUACCAGGGGUUUUCUGAUUACUGCUUAUCUCCAGCAAUAAAAGCUGAAGUCGACAGCACAAUAAACAUUGUAGUUGUAGGAGAUGCGCAUUUUGAGUGUGCUUCUGAGGAUCAUAUGAUAGUUCCCAAUCCACCCGAUGUUUGCCAAGUAGUGGAAGUGACAACAGAAUGUGAUGACCAACCUAGCAGUAUGAGUCAGUUGUAUCCACUACAGAUCUCCCCAGUCUCCUCCUAUGCAGAAAGUGAGUCAACGGACAGCAUACCAAGUGACGAAGAAAAUGCACAGGGUCAUCUUCAGUGGCAAAAGGAAAACAUUGGCGGCAAACAAUACUACAGCAACUUGGGGCCAAGGAACCCCCCUUACCCGCUUCCUGGGAUGGCUACUUUUGUGACUUCCAACAAGCCUGACCUCCAGGUCACCAUUAAGGAAGAAGCCUGUCCCUUGCCUUACAACAGCUCGUGGCCUUUCCCAGAGCUCCCUCUGCAACAAAUCGUGUGCUCGGCUUCCACCAGCUACAGCAACAGGCCACCGGAUCACGAGAACCGGGCCAGCGUCAUCAAGAAAACGUCAGAUAUUACUCAGUCAAGAGUCAAGAGCAGCUAAGCCACAUAAACUGGCACGUUCUUGGCGGAUUCUCUGUUGUGGCUUUUGAGGAGCACAUCUAGUGUACAUUCAGCAAAACCGAAGAGAGAGAAAAGCCUUGACAGUCCGGAACGCGACCGUGUCCAACUCCAGCACUGGAGCAUUUUAAACUCAGGACUCCAACCAACAGAAUGUAGACAUGAAGCUGGACAGAGGUCCAAAGUUACAGCCCAGGGACAGGAAAGCCACCCUGAUAGAUUCGAAGGCUGAAACAAGAGGACCAAGAGCCCCCCCCAUGAAGUUCCUCCAUUUCUUGCAGUUCAGGCCACAAUGGAACUGAAAACCUCGGAAUGGAAAGAAAAAUGUGAACUUGCUUGAUAUUUGUUUUUGUUUUUCAGAAUCAGUUGUGAAUAUGUACAUAACGCAGUGCUGUACUAGCAAUACUGCAGACUGCUUUCGCACCUUAUUGAAAAAAAGAAAAAGCACUUGCAAAAAAGGCCUUUCAUUAUCUUGCUCUUAUUAAUGGCACACUUUAAGCCUCUUCCCCCCCCCCCCCCUCAACUUCGCUCUUUCCCAGGGCUCUUCUGGUUGAUGUCGCCUUGGAGUAUGGAAAAAAUCAAAUAGGAAAGCAAAACCUUCUCCUGUACAUUUCGCAGGUUGUUUUUAAGAGUGCUUACCUUAUACUUGUCUAAUCUGCUAUGCUUGAAAGCUGUGUGGUACAAUAGAAGAAAAUCUAUUACAGAUAUAUUAUGCAAAUUCCCAGGUUUUAAAGAGAGAGAGAGAGAAAUGCUCUAAUUCUAACCAGAGUAAGCUUUUUUAUUUUUUUAUACAGUGGGAUAUUUUAUUCAAAGUAAAAUUCUAAAGUGAAUAUUAAUUGUUUUACUUUUUUUAUCUUUUCUACAGCAAAUUUAUAAUUUUACAAUUCAGUGACUUGGUUGUCAGCAACCAUUGCAUCUUUGUGGCACAUUUUCUUUUUUUCCCUUUUUCUUUUCUUUUUUUACAAUUUGUAAAGGUGAAAUAGCUUUUAAUGAAUUUUAUGUAGCAAUCAAACUAUCCUGUGGAUUGAUAAUAAAUAUUAUAUAUAAAUAAGUUUUUAAAUAAACACGUUUUCUUGGG